UGUAUAUGGGGAAGAUUAAGAAAAUUUUCUGUAGGCUUUGCCUUAAUGUCAUAAAUGAUGGCAAUUUCAAAGCAAUAGAAGAAACUAUAAGAGAAGUCCUACACAUUCUUCUCUUGGAACUGGAUGUAAAAGAAGGGAAUCGAGUAAUGUGCAAUACUUGUUCCACGAAAUUAUUUGGAGCAUUUCAAUUCAAGGGAAUCUGUAUGGACACUGAGGAUACUAUUUUUCCUUAUGUUAAUUCUGAAAAUACAGCACCCGUUGAUUUAAGAGAUAUUUAUGUCAAGGAAAGGGAUAAAGAACACUUAAGAGCCGUAUUGGAAGACGAGAGGAUUUGUCGUUUGUGUAUGCAGAUAAUCACCUGUGGAUUUACAUCGGUAAAAGAUGUGAAUUGUGAUCUAAUCCGUCAAUAUAUUCCAGAAGUUAAAUUUAGUUCCACUGAAGAUCCGGUUGUAUGCAAACGCUGUCUCGAUUCAUUGAUCGCUCACAACAGGUUUUUAAAGAACUGUAUAGAUGUAGAAGAUCAAAUUAAAAACGUUUGCGAUAGCAAGGACACAAAAAGGUCGUUUUUUAUUAUCGCUGAAGAGAUUGAAAUAAAAACCGAUGAAAAUGAUGAAGAUGAAAACAAUAAUACUUCUCCCCAUAGUGAUAUUGAAUCUGUUAACAGCACAAGCCAAAGUAAUUUUUCACAGAAAUCUAUACAGGUGGAUCAUAAUAAAUCUAGCCUAUGUGAUUCGGAAACUGACCGAAAAAGAACAACGAAAACCCUCACAUCACAGACAAAAUCGUACAAACCAAGGCACAAGGGUAGUCCAAAAUCCCAUCAGUUGAAGGAUAAAAUGCCUUCGAAAGUACACAUGUAUGAAUGUGAUGUUUGCGACUACAAAACCAAGAACAAAAGCUGUCUUGUACGUCAUCGACGGAAUCACGAAAACCCUUCCGGUGCACGAUUGUACGAAUGUUAUUUGUGUGAUUACAAAACUAAGCGGAGAACGCACUUUGUACGCCACCAAGUGGUUCACAAAGACAUUGACGAAGUCCCAGUGUUCAAAUGUGAAUCAUGUGACUUUCAGACCAAGUACAAACUGAGUAUUAAGCGUCAUCAGCUGAACAAUCACAAAGGACAAUCUCAAAUGUACUCGUGUGAUUUUUGCGAUUACAGCACCAAACGUAAGGACAGCCUCACACUCCACCUGCUAAGGCACAAAGAUGUGCCGGAAGCACAACUGUACAGGUGUAAUAUUUGUGAUUUUAAAACAAAGUGGAAGAAUCGUCUCAAUGCUCAUCAACUGAAGCACAAAGAUAUUUCUGAAGUAGGCAGUUUCAACUGCCACACGUGCGAUUACAAAACCAAACGAAGAAAAAAUUUAGUUCACCACAUGUUGAGGCACAAAGACAUCUCAGAAGUGCCCUCGUACCAAUGUGACACGUGUGAUUUCAAAACUAAAACUAGGGACCGGCUCUCGAAGCACCAUUUGAUACACGUUGAUGUAUCCCAGGCACAAAUGUACAAAUGUCCAGAGUGCGACUUUCAGACCAAGCAAGCAAGAUAUCUCGCUCGUCACCGACUGACACACGAAGACAUUUCAACAGCGCGACUGUACGAGUGUCACACUUGCGACUUCAAAACGAAAAAUAAAUAUUACAUUUCGAUGCACCAGUUAAGGCACAAGAAUUUAUCUGUACAAGUUUAUAAAUGCGACAUGUGCAGCUAUAAAACCAACUUAAAGAAUGGUCUUAGGCUUCAUCAACUAAAACACACCAAGACACAAUUGUACACCUGUAGCGAAUGCGAUUUUCAAACUAGGUACAAGCAAAAUCUGGCCUACCAUGUACUGAGACACAAGAAAAAUUCAAAGGCGCCGGUGUAUAAAUGUGAUAUUUGUGGUUUUGGGACUAAGUGUAAGAAGAGUCUUAAGUGCCAUCAGUUGCAGCACAAAGAUAUUUCGGAAGUAGAGUUAUUGUCUCAUGCGCCAUCUAGAAAAGCAUUAAAACAGUAGUUGUUGGUAAAAAUGUGCCUAUAUUUUUUGAUAACGAGGAGUGGAAUCCAUAUUGUUUUUAAUGAUCCAUAUGGAUUUAUCACGAAAUUAAUUUUUUAUUCAAACUUCAUAAUGCUUUACGAAAAAUGGAAAUUUCGGUUAGAAUCAGAUUAUGUGCCUUAUUUAAUAUCCUAAUCAUAACUGUACAUUGUAAUAUUGUCUAAAGGACUUCUGUCUAUACAGGGUGUUCCUAAAUA